AUGACCGUGGAGGAGAUCUACAAGGACCGCAAGAAGUUUUCCAAGGCUGUUUUUGAGGUGGCCAGUUCGGACCUCAUCAACAUGGGCAUCAGUGUCGUCAGUUAUACCCUCAAGGACAUCAAAGACGACCAGGUAGGUAGGCGACAUCGUUCGAUCGGAAUAAUGGUCGUUGUCUUCGCAGUAGCCUUCAAUAUAUGACAUAUAUAACUCAUAUUUCAGUAAUGGUUGGUGUCUUCGCAGAUAACAGGCUGCUCUUUGGUAAAUUCCCGUAGUCCGUUUCACCUUCUCCCCAUUCUCUACGGACUUUCGUCAGGAUCAGUUUUAGUCAGUGUUCAUUGUCAUUGCUGAUGACAGUCAUCGUUGAGCUAUACUCAAGACACCUUCUGCAUGGAGACGUCGUUCUGUUUCGAGAAGGUAAGCUGGACGAUACGGAAUUUGCGGAGGUUAUCAUCCUUCUUUGUGGAAACCUCAAACAAGUAAACCGCUCCUGGAGCGGAUGUGGCGAAAACCGCUGCCUUCGAAAGGGAAGAGGAAUGAGGCUGAUAUUUACGCAACUGAUCACACUCAUUACAUAAGUACAGUAGAUGUGCUAUCUCGUGAAAUGUCUGCCGAAAUUCUUAAAUGUGUUUUCGAUACAAAAAGAUUACUUAGGCAAGGUCUUACUAUUAAUUAUCAUGUAUCAUAGCCCCAAGAUGUUUCAGUCGCGGCCGGAUACCUGCUUUUAAGUGCUUUUCUUAUGGACCGACGACAUAAACUACACCCCGCAAAACACGGCUGCUUAAGUAGUACGCAUUUCCCCAUUGAUCUUCGAUGCUCUCAUAAAUUUUAAAACAUUUUAUAGAAAAAGGUACAAAAAUAUUCUUUCUUUUACUCAUUUGGUAGCAAGUUACGUCUUCAAAUUUCAUCCAUGAAGGAAAAGUAACAUUCGGUUUUAAGGACGUUUUCAUUUCCCGAAACAUUUUAAACUCGACUUGCCGUUACACUUGUACUCAGGGCUUCUAAACUACAUGCUGCAUACUUUCCGCGCAAGGAAAAUCAUAAAUUGAUAUGCACUAUUGAGAGAGAUUUCAUAUAGGGUUCGUAAAAUUUUGCGAUGUAUGUGGAACAUGUUGCCUAAUUUACAAGUACUAUUAAUACGCAUGCUGUUUCGACGUCGUAUGAUUGGAGAUCUGCCGGUCUUAAAAAGUCGCCUGAUUAGGAGCGUUUUUAAGGGCGAAGAUAUUUUCUUUUCAAUUACAAGGUUUACAGAAGCCAUUUGCUACCAAUUGAGUACAAGAAAGCGUAUUUUUUGUGCGUGUUCGCCGAUGCCGUUGCCGUCUCUGAUGAUGGGUUCGAGCAGGAAUCCGAAACGUCAGGCCAAUAAAGCUUUCGUCCCAGCGAUCGUAUCUCCCUCAUCGGUCGACCGCCUAGAGUGGGACCUCCUGAGACACCUGUGGACGGUCUUCGGCUCAAAUAUGAUGAGGCCAACCAACAGUGCAACCGACUGUAAAGAUGCUCAUUCAAAGCCGGCACCCUGACUGUGACUGAAUUACCUUAGGAUUUUUCUGCGCAAUCAUUGGUAUUACAACUCGGAGAUUUAACUCCGAGUACGGAGAUUUAACUCCUGCACUGAGUAAUUUCUGAAAUUAUUCACUUGAUUAUGCUCUGGAAUUCAUAUACCAGAAACCGUUCGAGAACGCUGGGGGUCCCACUGAAGAGCCGAACCCCUCGCAGCUGUGUCACGCAGCGGCAGAAUAUCGGCGAAACACGUGUCUGGGCUUUUAACAAGUAUAUAUGUCGGGAGUACGGUAUGAUACCUUUAAUAUAUAUAUAUAUCUAUAUCGGAGGGGAGACGACAGAGUCUGGGAGUAGAUUGAUACAGCACUGUUUCGGGCUUGUUUGCCUUCAUUCAGCCCAUACGAAGCUUCUUUGCUUCGGAAAGCCAAUGGAUCGGUGUGCGCCCAUUCCUGAGUGAAUAUAUAUAUAUAUACACUACAAAGGGCGUCUCGAGAAACUUAAUUAGGGUUGGGAUCCUUUAUGUGCUUCCCCGUGGAACACGUUUGUGGGAACAUCCCCCCUGCGCUAAAUUCCGGGAAGCGUACCUAUUCCUCAUAAAAGAUCCCUAUCUUGAUUAAAAAAUAGACAAAGUUCUUUGAGAACGAAAUAACUUUUAUUACACAAAUUCCCGAAUCUUAUAGCCUAACUCAUCGUCAUACGUAUGCGCAUAAGAUUCGAGGCAAAGAAGGUCCACCCACUAGACGAAUACUAGCAGCCACCAUGCACUGAGCGUCACAAAUCCAAACCUCUCAUCUGCAAUAAAAGACCAUGCAACAGUUGCUACUUCUUUUGUCGCCAUUUAUAACACGCAAUCUGUUCUCCAGUUUGUAUUACUACUAGGCGACCUGUGUGAUCUCCGAUAGUUACGAAAGACGCCCGGGUUAUGUGAGCCCAUCUUAUCCCAGCCGCAGACCAUGAACCGCGUAAGGAUGAGACGAUGUGAACGGCCGUCAGCCGUUGAACCCAUCCAGCCCAAUUCUUCCGCUCUGAGGGGCCGAAAGUUAGUAAGGCCAGCUCAUUAACUGGAGGUUGUGAUGUCCAACGACAGCCACACACAUGGUUGGGAUCACUGCUCCUUGAGGCAGGAGACGAGAUGAUCCAAUUGCCGUGCUUACUGGGCGUAUAUAUACAUAUAUAUAUAUAUAUAUAUUAUGAUAGUGGGCGCUCACCGAUCAGGUUACGGAACAUGCUCGUUCCGUUGUGCCUUGGGGCUCAUACUUAAACCCUCACAGGCAGUCGCACAGCGACUAGUGAUAUAUGUUGGAAAGGUAAUACCGACAAAGACAAGGGAGACCGGAAUGGCCAUUUCUGGCUUAUUAGCCGUCAUCAGCCAGUCAUACCCAACCCCAAGUGUGGAUCACUUGAGAUUCGAACCCGGGAUCUUUGGUCAUGGAGUUGAACGCUCUACCAUUGAGCCACGGGCCCGUUGUCCUGUCGGUUGUGAUCGGGAAUAUUAAUUAUGAUAGUGGGCGCUCACCGAUCAGGUUACGGUUCGAAUCUCAAGUGAUCCACACUUGGGGUUGGGUAUGACUGGCUGAUGACGGCUAAUAAGCCAGAAAUGGCCAUUCCGGUCUCCCUUGUCUUUGUCGGUAUUAGCUUUCCACAUAUAUAUAUAUAUGUAUAUAUACUUUUUUUUUCACUCCGUCCAGGGCUACCUGAAGGCACUGGGCCAGGCAAGGACGGCACAGGUGAAACGUGACGCUCGUAUAGGCGAAGCCGAGGCUCGACGCGACGCAGGCAUUCGAGAGGCUCAGGCAGAGGAUGCACGAAUUGCCGGCCAACUGGAGAACGAGGCCCAAGUCGCCAAGGCUAAGCGUGAUCUACAACUGAAACAGGCCGCCUGUGACAAGGAGGUGCAGACCCUGAAGGCCAAGUCUGAGCUGGCCUACAAACUGCAGGUCAGUCUGCUAUCCACUGGACACUUUUACAUGGCUUUGGUUAUCUCUGCUUGCGACUGACAGUGCAGUAAGCCCUGUGUCAGCAGUACGGUAUAAUGCAUGUGCCAUAUAUAUAUGUGCUGGGAGGACGUUCACCGGUCGGGUCACGGUAUGUGCUCGUCCCGUUUUGCUUUGGGACCCCAUCUAGAGCGACCAGUCACAUAUGGCUAAUUGACCAGGAACGGCCAUUCACUGAGGCACCACUUACAGAAAUAAAUAAAUAUAAAAAUGUCAAGUGGGCGUUUGACCCUCACUGUUGUGGUUAGGAUCUCACUCGAUCCCAUUCUGUCCGCCCGCCAGCUUGCUACUGGCGACAACGAACGCUGUGUCAGAGGACACAUACCACAUAUAAUACAUGAGCAGCUCGCUAAGAGUGCAACAGACCAGACGCAGACAGCUGUUUCACGGUCGUUACCGAUCAUCAGUACGUCUGGCAUGUUGCACUCUUAGCGAUCUGCUCAUGUAUUAUAUGUGGAAUAAGUCCUCUGACACAGUGUUCGUUGUCGCCAGUAGCAAGCUGGCGGGCGGACAGAAUGGGAUCGAGUGAGAUCCUAACCACAACAGUGAGGGUCAAACGCCCACUUGACAUGCUUAUAUACCUCACUUCCUAAGGCCUAUGACGUACUGAUGAUCGGUAACGACCGUGAAACAGCUGUCUGCGUCUGGUCUGUUGCACUCUUAGCGAGCUGCUCAUGUAUUAUAUGUGGUAUGUGUCCUCUGACACAGCGUUCGUUGUCGCCAGUAGCAAGCUGGCGGGCGGACAGAAUGGGAUCGAGUGAGAUCCUAACCUUAACAGUGAGGAUCAAACGCCCACUUGACAUGCUUAUAUACCUCACUUCCUAAGGCCUAUGACGUACUGAUGAUCGGUAACGACCGUGAAACAGCUGUCUGCGUCUGGUCUGUUGCACUCUUAGCGAGCUGCUCAAAUAUAAAAAUGUAUAACACAAAAACACCUAUAUAUAUAUAUAUAUAUAUAUAUAUGCAGUAGGUGGGAUAACUCGUGAAAUGUCAACUGAAAUUCCGAAAUUCGUUUUCGUUUCGAAAAGAUUAACUAAGUAGAGUUGGAGAACUAGUCAUCAAGCAGCACAAUUCUAUAAUAAUCAAUUUCUGCGAAAAUUCCCAUAUUACGAUUGAAAAGUUAAUUGGCUAGCAUUUGCUUUCGGUACUUCCUCAUCAGGCCUGUACAAUUACAAGGCAAAUGAUCAGUCUAAUUGUCGACAGGGUAUAAAUGCGUCUCGGGAGCUGGGUUAAUCGAACUCCAGUUAUCUCAGGAUGUCGGCUUUCGAACGAACUUCUUUUCGGCAGCAUGCAAAAGCUAUACUCUGUGGAAAAUGACUACUUAAAUAGCAUGCAUUUUUCCCGUUGAUUUUCGAUGCCCUUAAAAAUUCAAUCAUAUUUCUUGGAAAACAUGCAUACAAAUAUCAUUCUCUUGCUCAUUCGGUAGAAAAUCACGUCUUCUAGUUUUAUACUCGAAGGAGAGACAUAAUUCGGUUUUAAAAAGUUUCUAAUCGCGAGAUUUUCUAAUACCGUGGAAUGGCCGUUCAUAAAACGUCAUGUCUCUGCAUCUACCAAUGUGGCUCGUAAAGUUAACAACAUGGCCCAAAUCCACUGCUGGAUUUUGUGAACCCCAUGUGCUGUCCACUUAAUACUGUAGAGAAACGUAUGGUUUUCCGUACGCGGAAAAUAUAUAGUUUGUAGUUUGGAAACCCUAAAUGCGAGUGUAACGGCAGGUCGGGUUGAAAAUUACUCGGGAAUUAGAAAAGUUUUUGAAAACCGAAUUACACCCUUCCUUCGAGUAUAAAAUUGGAAGAAGAUGUAUUUUUCUACCGAAUAUUGUUAUGCAUGUUUUCCAUGAAAUACAAUUGGACUUUUAGCGGUAUCGAAAAUCAAUGAAAAAAAUUGAUGCUACUCACGUAGUCAUUUUUUACAGAGUAUAGCCUUUGGAUGCUGCCGAAAAGAAGUUCGUUCGAAAGCCGGCAUCCUGGGGUAAUUGAAUUAUUAUAGAAUUAUGCUGCAUGAUGGUUAGUUCUCCAACUCUACUUAAUUAAUCUUGUCGAAACGAAAACGCAUUUCAGAAUUUCGGUUGACAUUUCGUGAGUUAGCCCACCUACUGUAUACAUACACUGGCAGCAAGGAAGGGCGACAGAGAGUGCGGGUAGAUUGAUACAGUACUGUAUCGGGCUUAUUCUGCCUUCAUUCAGUAAGUUAUAGCUCUGACCACCAGCAGCUGGGACCCGAAGCACAAACAAGCGCUCGUACACGACGCAGAUGGUUCACAGGCGGGGUCUACCAGAUGGGUCAUAAGCACUUCAUCUAACCAAAGUUCAGCAGUGUCUCGCCAAUUGUCAUUCUCUAUCGCUGCAGAUCAGAUAUUUAUUCAAUCAGGAAUGGGCGCACAUCGAUCUUUUGCCUUCCCGAAGCAAACAAGCUCCGCAACCAACCACCAGGCCGAAGUCGGCCAAGUUAUAAGGGAUGACUUUGGCCUGGUAGUUGGUGAAUGCUGUUGCAAUGGAAGGUAUCCUUCAUGAUGCCGACAAACUCCCGGUUGUCGAUACAGUUGACUGCCAGUUUGACCGUUCACCAAAUUCGGUGGCCAUAUAAACCAUUAGGUUCCCGAAAGUUGUGAUCAGCACAUUGCGUUACCGUUGAAAGGUCAUUCCACGCAUGACUACCGGCACCGCCCCCUUUAACAUGUCUAAAUAUAUAAGGUAAUCGCAGAAGUAAAUGCACUUCCAGAAUGAAGAUCGGUAAUAAUCGUACACCUUAACCAAUAAAUAACAUGCCCUCGUUCGUUUUAUACUUAAAGUGGCGUUCCCGUGACCUUUUUCGGGUGAAUAAUCUUAAUGGGCAUUUAAUAAUACUUUUGCAGUGUUCGGCGAAUAAAAUCGUCGCCUCGUUUGCUCGUGAAUCAUUUUAAUCAACCUUCCUUGUUUCUUUGCGCCGUCUUUUCAUUAGUAGUUCACCACAGAGUAACUUGACUAGUAUUUAAGAUACAGCCAGCGACCAAUCUCAUGUAAUGUUAACUGAAAUUCAGAAGUGAGUUUUCGAGUUGGAGAGGCUACUUAAGUGGGACUCUCAGGUUGAUUACCUUGUGGCACGCCGGGAUGUUGACCUUUGAAUGCUCUUAUUUUUGGCCGUUUUCGAAAUCCUCACUCAGUAAAAAAUGACUACUUAAAUAUUAUGCACUUUCUCUACGGAUUUUCGAUGCCCUUGCAAACUCAAUUAUAUUCUGUGGAAACCUCCAUAAAGAUAUUAUUUCUUGUACUAAUUUGGUAGCGAGUUAUGUAUAUUUUAAAAUCUAUGCCCGAAGAAAAGGUAUUUUCGGUUUUAAAAAGUUUCUUAUCAUGAGAUUUCUUAAGACCUUGCAAUGUCCAUCCAAAUAAAAUCGUGUUAUCUGCGACUGCCUUUGAUGAUGGGUUCGAGUGAGAAUCCGAACCGUCAGGCCAAUAAACUUCAUGUUCCAGUGAUCGCAUCUUCGUCUUCUAAAAUCUCGUUAGUCUGUUUAAUGAUGCUUCUCAUUAAGUAUACAACAUAGUCCCAAUCCAUCGCAACAUUUUAUGAGCUCAUACGGUAUUUUGUUAAUAGCCUAAAGGAUUGUAUGUUUUUCCUUACACGGACAGUAUACAGCUUGUUGACUGGAAACCAUGAACGAAAAUGAAACAGCAGAUCAAGUUCAAAAUUAUUCAGGGAUUUAAAAACGUUUAGACCAAAAGUACCCCUUCUUUGAAUGUAACCUUCGAAGAAGAUGUGGUUUGCUACCAAAUGAGCACAAGAAAUAAUAUUUUAGUGUAAGUUUUCUAUAGAAUGUGUUUUAACGUAGGAAGGCGUCGAGAAUCAAUAGAGAAAAAUGCAUACUAUUUGAACAAACACUUUUUACCGAGUGCGGUUUUCGUAGGCAGCCGAAAAGAAGUCCAUUCAAAACUCAGCACCCGGGAGUGUCUCGGAUAUCUCAAGAUUGUAUCCAAAGAUAAUCGCCAUUACAGCCCCACUUAGGUAAUCCGUGCUACUCGAAAACGCGUUUCAGAAUUUCCGUUAACAUUUCACGAAAUUGGCCACUGACUGUGCUUCCUAGUGACCCAUGCGGAACUCCUCCAUUUGCUACUUUCUAUAUCCGUUAAAGAUCGGCAUCAGACGAAAACCGCUUUGAAAUCUCUAUUAUGUGGUGUCGUAGAGAAGUCUGGCAGCAUGUCACGACUACUACGAAUAUAUUCCUCUUUUAGUUCAUUAAAGUAAACUCCAGUCAACCAACUUUAUUGCUGUCUCUUAUCACUUAAAAUAGCACCAAUUUGCAAAUUAGAAUCACGAAAACUGAACCAACCUCUUGUUUACCGGUAAAGGGUGUGAUGCCUAAUACUCUGUUUUACCUGAUUUAUAUGAGAGCAAAAUCCGAUUUCUUACCUCCAGAAGGCGCUUCGAGCAAGUAUUUUUUGGUCUAUAGUAGCGCCUUUUCAUGGCAAACGCGGGCAAGCAUGCGUUCUUAGUCUUCAAUACUCGUCAGCAUUCUGCCUUUCUUUUAGGCAGGUUGUCUUCGUAAAAGACCCUUAACACCUGAAAUGAAUUUAAAAGACGAAAAUAACAAUAAGCCAUCUGCUCCCACACAGUCUCAUAAGUCACGCCUCCUGCUAUAUAUAUAUCGCACAAAUUGAGUGCUGCAAACAACCUUAAUCGAGCAAAAGCUCUCUGCGCUGACAACGAAAACUACAAAAUAAGACUGAAUUAUUCGUUCAGACUGUUUUCCCAGAAUGAGUAUCCUAGAGAUUUUGUGUAUUAAUGGAUGAAACAUCAGGAGUUAAAAGAAGAAGACAUGAAACUAGAUCAGGCACCCGGACGAAGAACUGGCAAACACUUCCGCACACUAGGAAUAUAUCCAAACUCGUUAAAAUACACCCGACGAGGCAUCAAAUACACAUUGUGCUCAAGCCGACGAUUACAAUUUCCGACCAGCUUAUACACCCAAAGGAUAGGGUCGACCAUUUAGGUAUGAAAGAAGUCGUCUAUAAGAUACCAUGCGACACUUGCAAUGCAGUUUAAUGCGGUCAAAUUACAAGAUGUGCCCCCUCACGCAUACACGAACAUCAACUGGCGGUAAAAGGAGGAGACCACUCGUUCCAAGUCGCCAUGCAUACGCUGGAAACCGGAUAAGACUCGAAUUAUAGGCGUCUUUUCAUCCAGGCGGCAUCUAUCUAAACAGGCUAUUCAUCCCCUCACAUGCACGUCUGUUCUGUCUAUUUAACCUCGAUGUCCCCCUGCUCUCUUAUGCGAUUAUGCCUCCCCCUACUGUUCACUUUGUCUGACGACGGGUUUGAGUAACCGACUUUAAAAUUCGAGUGCAUCUAGAAUUUCCGACGAGUCUUCUCCUUUUAGUAUGUAUAUGCAUAUAUAUCAGAAGGUGGACGACAGAGUCUGGGGGGUAGAUUGAUACAGCACUGUUUCAGGCUUGUUUGCCUUCAUUCAGCCAAUCAUAACCCUGCCCAGUAUCUGAGAUCAGAAACACAAACCCGCGCACAGACGCAGCUGGCGCAUUUGAUCCACUACUGGGGUCUACCAGAUGGGUCGUAAGCACUUCAUCGAACCGAAGUCUGUGCGCAUGUUUGUGUUUCAUCAGAGCCUCCCCACCUGCCAUUCCCUGUCGCUUCGCAUCGGCGCACACGAUCCAUCAGCAGUGAAUAAAUACCCAAUCUGCAGCGACAGAGUCUGACAUGUGGGGCAAGGCACUGAUGGACUUCGGUUCGAUGAAGUGCUUAUGACCCAUCUGGUAGAUUCCAGUGGUGGACCGGCUGCUCCAGGUGUGUCUGUUCGCAUGUUUGUGUUUUCGGUCCCAUCUCGUGGUCAGGGUUAUGAUUGACUGAAUAAAGGCAGAAUAAGUCCGGAACAGAGCUAUAUCAAUCUACCCCCAGACUCUGUUAACUCCCCUCUCUGCUGUCAUAGCUUGGCCGACUUCGGCCUAGUAGUUGGCUGCUUGUUUGCCUUGGAAAGCCAAUAGUUUGGAGUGCGCCCACAUAUGGUCACAACCAGCAGGAAAAAGACCCCUGGCUCAGUGGCAGGGUGUAGCACUUAAUGACCAUCCAUCCCGAAUUCGAAUCUGAGGUGGUUUACACUUGAGGUUGGGUCUGAUUGGCUGAUGACGGCUAAUAUGCCAGAAAUGGUCUCCCUUGCCUUUAUCUGCGCCAUCUUGUCUAUAUGUAUAUGUUAUGGUAGAAGGGCGCUCAACGAUCAGCGUACGGGACGUGCUUAUCCCGCUGCGUAUUGGGGCUCCCUUGUCUUUCCUGUUACCACCAUAUCUACUUAUACUACUAGUCGCUGUGCGACUGCUUGCGAGGGUUUUAGUUUGAGCUCCAAGGCGCAACGGGAUGAGCACAUUCUGUAACCUGAUCAGUGGGCGUCCCUCUGCCACGAUAUUCCGGAUCACAGCCGAUAGAAUAACGGGACAUGGCUCAGUGGUAGAGUGUCACAUCCGAUGACCAAAGACCAUGGAUCUGAAUCUCGGACGAGGUCGGUCGUGACUGACUGAUGAUGGCUAAUAAGCCGGAAAUGUCCGUUCCGGUCACCCUUGUGUUUUUCGGUAUCACCUUACAUAUUAAUAUAUGUAUGGAUAUAUAUAUAUAUAUAUGUUUGUAUAGGCGGCGAAGACACAGCAGGCCAUCAAGGCGGAGGAGAUGGGUAUCGAGUUGGUGGAGCGCAAACGCCGCAUUGAGCUGGAGGAACUGGAUUGCGAACGCGUCAAGUUCACCCUCGAGGCGACGGUGAAGAAGCCCGCGGAGGCUGAACGCUUCCGUCUGGAACGCAUCGCCGAAGCGGAGCGUCUUCGUGUCAAGGCGGAGGCAGAGGCUGAGGCGGAGGCCAUUAUGCUGCGCGGAAUGGCUGAGGCAGAGGCCAGUCGAGCUGUUGCCAAGGCGGAGGCCGAAAAGAUGCGGAAGAUGGCUGAGGCACUGAAGAACUACAAGGUGCGCCCCUCCUCUCCCUCUCUCUCACCCUCGCUCCUUCUUGUCUAUCUUCCCAUCUACUAUCUUAUGGCGAUGAUUCCUGUUUGGCACGGUUCCCCGCCUCUGUGGCGCAUGUGCCGAAACUGGGGAAACUUUAGUCGAAACCUUUUUCGGUCACCCUUGCGAUCGAGACAGUGAGACACCCCUUCCUUGUGGCUUCGAAUGUUUCUGACUGCUGGAGUUAACGCUCGGUAACCAGAGAACCCAGCUUCGAAUAGCGGAUCUUUCAGACCUAGAGUUGCUUUUCGAUGGCUGACGACGUCUAAUAAACUAACAAUGGCCAUCUCUAUCUCCGUGUGAAGAUGCGUUCAUCGAUGAGGUCGGGGAACACGCACGUCCCGUCGCGCCUCGGGGGGCCCUUGCGAGCAGUCGCAUAGCAACCAGGCAUAUGUGCUGAAAGGAGUACCGACUUGCUCAAAGGAGACCUGAAUAGCCGUUUCAGGCUUGUAAGCCAUCGUCAGCCAGCCAUGCCCAACCCCAGGCCUACAUAACUUCGAAUUCGGAUCAAAAUUCCUCAGCUAUUUAACUUUUCUAAGUUCCCCGCUCCGCCAUUGGGCCACGGGCUCGUUGUCCGGUCGGUGGCGAUAGGGAGUAUUAACUAGGCUGGUAGUUUACUGAUCAAGUUGUGGGACAUGUUCGUCCAGGUCGCAACCGAUAGGAUGAGCAUGUCUGCAGCGACUGAGCAAGGUAGUUAGCUUAUAUACGCGUGCCACGUAUGUGGAGGGACAGAAACUUUGGGACAUCUGAGAUGGGUAGUGGGGGCAGACCUUUCCAGGACACGGGUCGGAUAUUAGUGCAGUCACCUUCCGCCCCCAGGGGAUUAUGCCUUCGGCAUUGGCAGUGAUGAUGCCACCUGUCGCACGGAUCAGGAAGUGGGCUUAUUCAACCACGAAAACACCAUCUGUGGGACAUUGUGAGCGUAGCGCCCAGCAAGAGUGACUGUUUACUGUUCAGUGGUUACGAUGAUUUCAACUGCCGUGUGGGACAGUGAAGCCCCCCCCCCCUCCCCCCAUCAAUUCUCCUGCAUUCGGUCGGAAAUUCAGUUGUCUGGCUGCAUACUACUCGAAGCCGUAAUCGCUAUCCUGCCCUGCCGCGACUCGCUUACUUGUUCUGGUGAUCGGCAACGAACUGGAGGGAUCGGAGAACUGUGAGCAUUCGGAAUUAUUAUAAGUAUUUUCGAUCAAAAGCCGACAGGGCAACGGGGUUGGGUAUGACUGGCUGACGACGGUUAAUAAGCCAGAAAGGGCCAUUUCAGUCUCCCUUGUCUUUGUCGGCAAUGCCAUUCUGCCUAUACCAUGCGCCGCUGUGCGGUUGCUGGUUGGGCUCGAGGGAGAGCCCAUAAGACACAACGGAACGAGUCAGUUCCGUAGUAACGAUAGGUGAGCGCUCCCUACCGUUGUAUAUUCCCGAUCGAAAACCGACAGGGCAACGGACUGGCGGCCCAGUGGUUAGAGGCGUGGACUCCUAACUAACAAGUCGCGAGUUCGAGCCUCGGGUGUUCCACACUUCGGGGUGGGGUAUAACUGGCCGACAACGGCUAAUAAGCCAGAAAUGGCCAUUCCGGUCUCCCUUGUCAUUGUCGGCACCCUCUCAUAUAUAUAUAUAUAUAUCAGGUGAAUAAUUUCAGAAAUUAAUCAGUGCAGAACUUGGAGUUAAAUCUCCGGGACAUGACUUUUUAGGGUCAGAACCCUAAAAAGUCAUGUCCCGGAGAUUUAACUCCAAGUUCUGCACUGAUUAAUUUCUGAAAUUAUUCACCUGAUUAUUCUCUGGAGUUCAUAUACCGAAAACCGCUAGAGAACGCUGGGGGUCCCACUGAAGAGCCGAACCCCUCGCAGCUGUGUCACGCAGCGGCAGAAUAUCGGCGAAACACGUGUCUGGGCUUUUAGCAAGUAUCUAGGUCGGGAGUACGGUAUAAUACCUUUAAUAUAUAUAUAUAUAUAUGUUGAAGGCAGAGGCGUUCUUUGGGAAAAGGUACUUUAUUGCGUGAAUUUUCGACGCCGGUUCCCCAGGUCGUCGUCAGACGCAGACUGAAAGUAAAUGUGCCGAAAACAGUUAACAUCUGGCAGUGCACAUGAAAAAAUCGAUAAUCGUUCGCAUUUGCGCCCGUGAGCGGCCGCUAUUUGCGUCAUUCCGUCCCGAUUGGCUCUCGUCUCUUCCAUUUCUCCUUGAGACUUUUGUACGCGGCGUCCAACUCGAUGUGACGGUUGAUGCACGAUUCAUCCACAUGCAUGGCCUCAAGGAAAUCUCGGCCUUUCUUGAAGGGGUAGGCACCGACAAUCCGUGUUCUGUCCCAAGCAAACGUAUGCCCGGUGUCCAAGCUAUGCAUGGCUACUUGAGACAGGUGGUCUCGCCUCUUUACUGCAAGUUGAUGUUCGUGAAUGCGUGUAGAGGCGGAUUUUCCUGUUUGACCACAAUAAACUGCAUCACAGGCCUCACAUGGGAUCUUGUAGACGACUUCCUUUCUAUCCAAAUAGUCGACCCUAUCCUUAGGAUGUACUAUUUGGGUACGUAGUGUAGUCGUCGGUCUGUGUGCCACCCGAAUCUGGUGUCUCUUUAGGUGCCUUUCCACGAGUUCAGACACGUUUUUGAUGUAAGGGAGGGUUCGCCAUGUAUUUGGCUUCGGUGUCUGACUGGAGGUUCUUUGUUCCCUUUCCUUUGACUCUUUCUGUCUCAUGCAUCGGCGCACAAAAUCCUUGGGAUAUCAUCAUAUAUAUCAUCAUAUAUAUAUAUAUUGAUAAGGUGAUACCGACAAAGACAAGGGAGACCGGAAUGGCCAUUUCUGGCUUAUUAGCCGUCAUCAGCCAGUCAUACCCAACCCCAAGUGUGGAUCACUUGAGAUUCGAACCCGGGAUCUUUGGUCAUGGAGUUUGACGCUCUACCAUUGAGCCACGGGCCCGUUGUCCUGUCGGUUGUGAUCGGGAAUAUCAAUUAUGACAGAUGGACGCUCACCGAUCAGGUUACAGAACAUGAUCGUUCUGACAUAGUUGAGCAGGAACAGGCACCUGUCGUGACCGUCAUGUCGACCUUCCUCCUAGUCGUUAAACCGCAUCACGGUCACGUAUGUGGCGCGCGCAGCCACUGCGCCCAUGCCCAGACAUCUGACAUCGGACAGUGGCUGGGGACUGUCUGACGUGCUUGAAGCUAUCACAGUGAGGUAGAAGCCGUGGACCGUGGAAGGUUGCCAAAUGACGGGAUAAUUUGGACCUCGCAGUCAGCCCAGUGUGUGUGUGUUUGUUUGGAGUGGCGGAAUGGUGGACUGAGAGUCUGGCUGCAAUGACUCCUUCUCAAUGUAGCCUCUAUGGCGCUCCCACCGCGUGGGAUCCGAGUUGGGUGUGGCGGCGCGCCUAGGAGCGAGUCCGGUCGCGCCAGUCACCUGCGCCCUCUCCCGUCUCCGGUUUUCUGGACUAUGUCUUGACACCGGGCCCAGGUAGGGUAGGCGGAGGAGGGAGUGUGGUAAAUGCAGCACAAGUCCGCUCUCACCGUAAAAGAAAUCACGCGCAAGUCAUUGUGCCCCCGGUGGGCAUCGUCGGUCGAACUGUCACUGGCGACCCGUCCCCCCCCGUCCUCUCCGCCGCAGUCCUUGAACAAGUUACUCUAGUACAUUCAGUGCGCCUACCUGUCGGUGAUCAUGCGUCCACUGGCGACUGGAGUUUACCUGCUGACCUCACAGCCUUGACCACUGAAUCCUCGGCUUCAAGGACUGACUUGCCGUUUUUUUUCGCUCUUCGCGCGUGUACGCACGCACGCACGGACGCGCACUUUUGGUUUCGACGGGCUCUUCAUCGGCAAGCGCGUAGGAGGACAACGCCCGAUGUUUGCGCGCCACUUGUCGCGCUCUCGAUUCGCACUUUUUGCCUGUGUGUAUAUAUGAGCGUGUGCGCUGCAGAUGCACUAGACCAGAAAACAAGGGGGGGGGGGGGGUCAGACUGGCCCACGACAUGCCGUUCUCGGCCUAUGAUGAGUUCGCGCGAGGUCGUAAUACAUGCGCGCGACACGCCGCUUACGUACAGUGGAUGGAGGAAGAAACUCAUAGAACACCAACCGAAAAGGUUGAAAUAUGGUUUUGUUCAGAGGGGAUAACCAAGGUGACAUUGCAAUAUUAGUUAACAUGCACAAGGAUCUGUAAGCAUGUGCAGUGGCAGUAUCAGCAAACCAUGGCCCUCACAGCCUGGUAUGCGCUGGCAGUUCCCCGACACCUGGUUCCCUGCCGGUAGACGCGCUUGCGCUCCCGCUAGGCACACAGAUGGUUGGCAUGACUGCCCAGUUAUCAUGCUCGUCGCUCUGGCUUCUGUUGGGGUGUUGUUGUUGCUGUUGGUCAAAAACCUGGUUAUUUGCUGUGUGGACCAGGGGGGUGUGGGGUGGAACACCAAGCUGCGGACUCGGCCGCGUCAUCCACCUACGCGUCCCCCCCAUCUGCGGUCUUCCUGACUCUGUCUUAACGCCGGGUUCAGAAGGGGAACGGGGAUGAGAGAGUGCGGUAGAUGCUGCGCAAGUCUAUUAUCAAUUUAAAUUAAUUCACGCGAAAGUCACCGUCCCUGCCUCCACCUUGCAGUGCAGCACUACUACUAGCACUACUACUGCUGCUACGGCUACGGCUACGGCUACUACUACUACUACUACUACUACUACUACUACUAAUACUACUACUACUACUACUACUACUACUACUACUACUAUUAACCACCGGUGCUGCUUUUACCAUCACCACCACCACCACCACCACCACCACCACCACCACCACCACCACUACUGCUACCAGUACAAUUAGGGGGCAGGUGUUGUAGUACUAGUAAUGAUGAUGGUGAUAGCAGUAGUAGUAUCGGUGGUAAUAUUGGCCGCCGUAGUGGUGAUGGUAGCAUUGCUAUUAGUUCGGGUAGUUGUGGUAGUAGCAGCAACACCAAAGCAAGCUCUGAAACCCAUGCAGUACUGCCCGAACCUCUUCAGUACCCUUUCAAGGUAGAAAGACUGAGCUAUGCGGGCCGGUAGGAAGGAUCUGUGUGGGUGCUAAUCUCAGUGCGAUUAAGGCACCGCACCUAGUCUUGGCCGAUGCCCCCCGCUAAUGACUCUGAUAGUAUCCCCCCCUAAACCAUCACUAAGUAUUACUUUUCAUCGAGAAGCACGUUUACUGGCUUCUUCGGAGCCUUCACCUGCAUCGCUUGAUUCCUUUUCCACAGGAUGCUGCAAUACUGGACAUGGUGCUGCAGACCCUUCCGCGCGUCGCCGCCGAGGUGAGUGCCCCACUGGCCAAGUGCCAGAAGGUGACCAUGGUUUCAACCGGUGAGGGUGAGGUGGGCAUCUCAAAGAUCUCCAACGAAGUCAUGAAGGUGGUGGAGAGUCUGCCUGCCCUAGUCUCCUCAGUAACCGGCCAAGACAUGCGCUCCUUCAUUCCAGCCAAUUGA